CGCCACCGCCCCCUCGAUAAUUGACAACUAAUUUAAUUUUCUCCAACGUCCUUCACCUGGUCGAGAAAUUGCAUGGAUAGAAAAGGAUAAAAAAUCAUCUGCCGCUCCAAGUAUAUUUAUCAGAAAACAUUUAAUUUAAAUUUUAUGAGAGAUAGUGAAAUCCCGGACUCUCGUCAGUGCCAAGACAAAUUUGGGACUUUCAAUACCUUCAGUUUAGUCUCACAGUCAUGAUCUGUGAGAACCCGAAAAUUAUAUAAAUAAUUCAUUUUUUCAUUUAUCUCAUCUAACUUGAGCGUUUUGUGGUCGAAAAUGGUUUAUUGGAUGUUUAAGAAAGGAUUCAUCAAAAGGUUUUGUCUGUCUGGUAGAGAAUAGCUCCUGCUGAAUUUAACUUCUGUCAUGAUUGGAACGAGUCAAUUAACAUAGCUAACUAAUUACAAAACGAGUGAUCAGUGUUUUAUUGACAGUAAUUAAAUUACUAACAAUGCAGUCGAAAUACCUCUUCAUUGCUGGUUCGGUGCCACUCAUCGCUCUUGACAUGUGGCAUACCGGAGCAGUCAUCCUGUGGACUGCCAAGGUGAUUAUCGUGACGUACCUCAUAGUGUUCGGUCUUUGUCCACUGAUUUUUCACUACUCGUAUGGCUUUCAACGUAAAAUACUCUUCUUAAACUUUGUACAUUGGCCCCCAUCCGUAGACUUCGACAAACCAGAGAGCGUGGGACUCCAGGGGGCACGUAAUUUCUACUUGAGCACCAACGAGAGCGUUAAAAUAGGGGCUUGGCAGAUUCUCCCAAAAUCCCUCGUGAAUGAGUCUGUAAAAUGGUCAGAGGAGGAGUUCAAUGGUGCACUGAGGAACCCGAAGAGGCCCGUAUUUUUGUACAUGCAUGGGAACAGUGGAAAUCGAGCCAGCAGUCACAGGGUUGAGUUGUACAAAGUAUUUCAGGAACUUGAUUAUCAGGUCAUUGCUUUUGACUACAGAAACUAUGGGGACAGUGAUCCUGCUGAGCUGUCAGAGGAGGGAGUCGUCAAGGACAGUAAAUUUGUGCUCCAGUGGCUGAUGGAGAAAGUCAAUGGGACAGUCCCAGUGUUCGUAUGGGGGCACUCAUUAGGGACUGGAGUCUCGAGUCAUUCCCUGGCACUCCUCGCAGGCGAUAAUCUCCAACCGACAGGACUUUUCCUGGAGUCUCCCUUCAACAACAUGGCCGAUGAAUUGAGCUAUCACCCCUUCUCUCAAAUAUUUAAGCAUCUUCCCUGGUUCCACUGGGUAAUUGUCCAGCCAUUCUAUGGAAAUGGUUUAAGAUUCGAGUCUGAUAAACACAUUGGGGACAUAAAGUGCCCUGUGAUGAUUCUCCAUGCCGAGGAUGACAUCGUAAUUCCCAUCUCACUGGGAGAAAAGUUGUAUCAAGAAGGACUGAGAUUACACAAAAAUGACUCGAAUCAGGUGACAAUGAUUAGGAUAAAUGGAUCAUUGGGACUAGGCCAUAAAUACAUAUGUCGAUAUGAACCUUUACCAAAAAUAAUUGAGAAUUUCGUAGCAAAAUGCCAGUCUAGGCCUCGUCAAUGAGGGAAUUGACGUAAACCCAUUAAAUUUAGUAUAAUAUUCAUGCCGCAAAAGUCCGGCGAGUUCACUCAAUUCUCAUUUAAUUCUACAAGGAUUCAGUAAUACUUAAUUAUGAGUGCUUAGUAUUUUUGCGAUGCGAAAUUGGAAGAAAAUGAAUUUAUUUCUAACGCUUUCUUGGAUAAAAGUCUGAUUUAUUGGUAGCACUUGUGUAAAUGUUUAUGCUUCAGUGAAGUCUCGUUUCAAUGUAUGUAUUUACGCGGUAAAUAUGGUAAUAAAUGUGGAAUUUCUGGUCUCGAUA